AACCUUCGUGCUUAAGUUUGGUUGGUUUACUCUGGGAAAAAGAAAAAAAAAGAAAAGAAGGUUGUGUGGUUUGAUUGAACUUUCCCAAUGGCGAGCAAAGAAUUGAUCUGGGCACAAGCUACUCGUGUGUUGCAGCAUGGCAGCAGGACCAUGUAGAAAUCAUAGCCAAUGAACAAGGGAACAGAACCACUCCUUCUUGUGUUGCUUUCACUGAUACUGACCACUUGAUUGGUGACGCUGCCACUAACCAGCUUAUCAGAAAUCCCAGAAACUCCAUCUUUGAUGCAAAAAGGCUAAUUGGCAGGAGAUUCAGUGAUGCUUCCGUUCAACGUGAUGUGAAGCUUUGGCCAUUCAAGGUCAUUGAAGGUCCUGGUGACAAGCCCAUGAUUGUGGUUACCCGCAGGGGUGAAGAGAAACAGUUCACUGCUGAAGAAAUCUCAUCUAUGGUUCUCGCAAAAAUGCUGGAGAUUGCCAAGGCCUAUCUUUGCUCACCAGUCACAAAUGCAGCUAUCACUGUUCCUGCUUACUUCAAUAACUCGCAACGUCAGGCUACAAAGAAUGCUGGUGUCACAGCUGGCCUGAAUGUGAUGCGUGUCAUCAAUGAACCGACAGCUGCAGCUAUUGCUUAUGGACUUGACAAGAAGGCUGGAUGGUAUAGCAAGAGAAAUGUGAUGGUAUUUGAUUUGGGUGGAGGUACUUUAGAUGUGUCACUACUUACCAUAGGGGACGGUGUCUUUGAAGUGAAGGCUACCGAUGGAGACACUCACCUUGGUGGUGAAGAUUUCGUUAACAGAAUUGUUGAUUAUUGUGUGGAGCAAUUCAAGGAGAUGCAUAAUUCAGACAUUAGUGGAAACCCCAGAGCUCUUAGGAGAUUAAGAAAUGCUUGUGAGAAGGCAAAAAGGAGACUUUCCUUUUUGUCAACUACUGACAUUGAAAUUGAUUGUCUGGAUCAGAGUAACGAUUUCUAUCUAAAUAUUACCCGUGCAAAAUUUGAAAGCCUCAACAAAGAUUUGUUCAGUAAGUGUAUGGAGCCUGUGCAGAAUUGUUUGAGGGAUGCUAAAAUGGACAUAAGAAGUGUCCAUGAUGUUGUUCUUGUCGGUGGCUCUUCCAGGAUUCCAAAGAUGCAACAACUAUUGAUGAAUGUGUUCGAGGGGAAGGAGCUGUGCAAGGGCAUUAAUCCGGAUGAGGCAGUGGCAUAUGGCGCUGCUGUUCAAGCUGCAGUGUUGAUUGGGAAUGGUAAUGGAAAGCUUCAAGACUUCACUCUUCUGGAUGUCACACCUCUGUCACUUGGUGUGGGUACUGCUCAUGGUGAUACCAAGCAUAUCAUGACAGUCGUGAUUCCUAGAAACACAAGAAUUCCCGUAAAAAAGCACAAAGUUUUGACUACUGCAUUUGACAACCAAACUGUCAUUGGUUUCCCUAUUUUUGAAGGUGAGAGCACUACAACACUAAAAAACAACUAUUUGGGUAUUUUUAGCCUCGAUGAUAUUCCUCCAGCUCCCAAGGGUGUCCAUCGAUUCAAUGUGUGCUUUAAUAUUGAUGCAAACGGUAUCUUGAGUGUGUCUGCUGAGGAUAUAUCUACUGGUCAGAAGAAAGAGAUUACAAUCAAAAGUGACAGAAGAACUUUGGGAAUUGAGAAGAUGAGGUGACCGGAAACCUUUGUGAUGUGUAGACUGUGUUGUUUGAAGACGGAUCAUGAAUUAGUAGCAGAUGGGGGCACAUUUUUUUGCUUGCUUGAUGGUGCUUGGUUGUGACAUGCCUGGUUUACUAUCUUAGCACUCUAAUAGUCUAACGGAUAUGCCUGGCUCCCUUUCUUUUUGCCAAGGAGAUGGUUGAUUACUGUAUAUUUUAAAACAAAUCUUGGUUUUGAUCUCUAAGGAUUUCAAUGCAAUUGAAUCUCUUAAGCCCUGUUGUUAUUC